AUGAUGAUGACAAAACAUACUAUUAUUUGGCUUGAUACAAAUUCGUCAGAUCCAAAAAGUAGUUUUCGUACGAAACUAGGAGACGCUCAAGCAUUUACUGAUGUUAAUGAUUGUAUUAAAUACAUUAAAUCACAUUCAAAUGAAUUAAUUUAUCUUAUCGUCUCAGGUGCACUUGCCAAAUUAGUCAUUCCAGAUAUUUAUAAUUGUUCGAAUCUUGUACAAAUUUUUCUUUUUUGUGGAUCGGUAUCUACUUAUGUGAGAUGGGCAAUGGCUUACCGUGAUAAAUUAAUGAUAUUCGAUCAUGGAGAUGAUCUUUUAGAACGAUUAUGGAAUGAUUUAGAAAGUAAUUCACGUGAACAAGCAGAUCUAUAUUUAAAAUAUGCCGAAGAAUAUAAACAACAAGCUCUCAAAUAUAAACAAGCAACUUGUGGUUGA